AGUAAACACAUAUUUUACUCUUAAUUUCCGUUGUUACUCAAAUUUCAUAUUUCACAUUUUUUAUAUUUCCUUGGCAGAUCUCAGUUUGUGUUUUUGUGACAAAGAUCUCAAUUUAUUUGUUCUUACAUUUUCAGUGAGACUCUCAGGAUUUGACUACAAUAUCAUGGCAGAGCUGAUUGCUGGAGCAUUUCUUUCGUCAUUCUUUCAAGUCACUCUUGAUAGGAUUGCCUCAAGAGAUUUCAAAGACCUCUUCAAUAAAAAGUUGAUUAACAAACUUGAAAUCACACUGAAUUCUAUCAAUCAAUUGUUGGAUGAUGCAGAGACAAAGAAGUACCAGAACCAAAAUGUUAAGAAUUGGCUCGAUCGUCUUAAACACAAGCUGUAUGAAGUAGAUCAGUUGUUAGAUGAGUUUGAUACACAUGUACAACGAAAGAGCAAGGUUCAACACUUCAUUUCAGCUUUCACUAAUCGAUUUGAAUCUAGGAUCAAGGAUUUGCUAGACAAUCUAAACACUCUUGCAGAGCAAAAGGAUGUGUUCAGAUUGACAGAAAGAAGUUAUGAAAGUGCAGUUAGCCUGCAAUCCUCAAAAAGAUCUCCAACUGCAUCUUUGGUGGAUGAAUCUUGCAUAUAUGGUAGAGAAGGUGACAAAGAAGAAAUAAUCAACUAUUUGCUGUCAGACAAGGACAACAACAACCAGGUAUCAAUAAUCAGCAUAGUCGGUAUGGGUGGGAUGGGAAAAACCACCCUUGCUCAACUUGUCUACAACGACCAGAGGAUGGAGAAGCAUUUUGAACUUAAAGCUUGGGUCCAUGUCUCAAAAUCUUUUGAUGUUGUUGGACUCACCAAAACAAUUCUCAGGUCAUUCCAUUCUCCUGCAGACGGUGAAGACUUUGAUCCACUCAUUUGUCAACUACAAAAGACACUAACUGGAAAGAAAUGUUUGCUUGUUCUAGAUGAUGUGUGGAAUGGGAAUAAGGAAUGUUUGGAGCGAUUACUACUUUCUUUUAACCCUGGAUUUUCAGGAAGUAAGAUUAUUGUGACAACACGUGACAAACAUGUUGCAUUUGUCAUGAAAUCUGACCAUCAACUUCCUUUAAAAAAAUUGGAGAAGAAAGAUUGUUGGAGUAUAUUUGUGAAACACGCUUUUCAAGGAAAAAAUGUGUUUGAAUAUCCAAAUCAUGAAUCGAUUGGCAAGAAGAUUGUAGAGAAAUGUGGAGGGUUGCCUCUAGCUGUGAAAACAUUGGGGAAACUCCUGCAAAGAAAAUUUUCUCAAGCUGAAUGGUCUAAGAUAUUGGAGACCAAUAUGUGGCAUGUACGGGAGGAUGGUGAUGAAAUUAACUCAGUAUUGAGAUUGAGUUACCACAAUCUCCCUUCCAAUCUAAAGCGUUGUUUUGCCUAUUGUUCAAUAUUUCCCAAGGGUUAUGAAUUUGAAAAAGAUGAAUUGAUCAAGCUUUGGAUGGCAGAAGGUUUGCUGAAAUGUUGCGGAAGAGACAAAAGUGAAGAAGAGUUGGGUAAUGAGUUCUUGGAUGAUCUAGAGUCCAUUUCAUUUUUUCAAGAACCACUAUAUUCAUGGGGUGAUAAAAGUUUCGUCAUGCAUGAUCUUGUCAAUGAUUUGGCAAAAUCAGAGUCCCAUGAGUUUUGCUUACAAAUUGAGGGUGAUAGUGUACAAAAUAUAUCUGAAAGAACACGACAUGUUUGCUGCUAUCUUGAUUUGAAAGAUGGUGCGGGAAUAUUGAAUCACAUUUCUAAGAUCAAGGGAUUACGCAGCUUGUUGGUAUUACCACGAGGCUAUGGUAAAGAAUGCUUCAUGAUAAGCAACAAUUUGCAACGUGAUCUAUUUUCGAAACUAAAAUAUUUGCGGAUGUUGUCAUUCUGUGGUUGUAAACUCAGAGAGCUAUCAGGUGAGAUAGGAAAUCUAAAGCUUUUGCGAUAUCUAAACCUGACUGAAUCAUUAAUUGAAAGGUUGCCUGACUCAAUUUGUAAGCUGUACAAAUUAGAGACACUAAUAUUGAAAAGGUGUUUUAAGUUGACUGAACUCCCUUCAGAUUUUUACAAACUUGUGAGUUUACGCCAUCUUAAUCUUGAAGGCUGUAAUAUAAAGAAAAUGCCAAAGCAGAUAGGGAGUCUAAACCAUCUUCAAACACUGAGUCAUUUUGUUGUGGGAGAGGAGAAUGGGUCUAAUAUUCAGCAGUUGGGUAAUCUCAAUUGUCUUCAAGGGAAACUUUGUAUUUCAGGAUUGGAACAUGUCAUUAAUCCCAAAGAUGCCGCAGGAGCAAAUUUGAAAGAUAAGAAACAUGUAGAAGAAUUAAAUAUGGAGUACAGUGACAAUUUCAAAUUCAACAACAAUGGAAGAGAAUCGAAUGUCUUUGAGGCUCUUCAUCCAAAUAGCAACUUGAAGAGGCUUUACAUUGGAAGAUACCAAGGUAAUAACUUUCCGAAUUGGAUAACGGGUUGUCAUUUACCCAACUUAGUAUCUCUUCAACUGAAAGGCUGUGGAUGUUCCCAUAUGCCACCAAUUGAGCAGCUCCCCUCUCUCAAGGAGUUUUCUAUUUCAAACUGCAACGGAAUAAAGAUCAUCACUGAAGAGUUUUAUGGCAAUAGUUCAACAAAUGUUUCGUUCAGGUCCCUUGAAGUUUUGAAAUUUGAGGAGAUGAACAAUUGGGAGGAAUGGUUUUGUCCUGAAGGGUUUCCUUUGCUUAAAGAGAUUUAUAUAUGGAAUUGUCCCAAAUUGAAAAGGGCCUUGCUUCCUCAACACCUUCCUUCUAUACAAAAAUUGAAGAUUUGUGAUUGCAACAAGUUGGAAGCAUCAAUUCCCAAGGGUGAUAGGAUCAUAGAGUUAAAUAUACAGAGAUGUGAUAGAAUUUUGGUAAAUGAAUUGCCGAUCAGCUUGAAAAAGUUAUCCCUUUGGGAAAAUAGGUACACCGAGUUCUCCGUGGGGCAAAAAUUAGUCAACAAUACCAUUCUUGAAGAGUUGAAGUUGGAUUUCAGAGGCUGUGUAAACUGUCCCUCUUUGGAUUUACGUUGCUAUAAUUCUCUUUGGAGACUAUCAAUAAAAGGAUGGCACUCAUCCUCGUUGCCUUUUUCACUACACUUGUUCACCAAACUUCAUUCUCUGUAUCUAUACGAUUGUCCAGAGCUGGAAUGGUUUCAAAUGGGUGGAUUGCCUUCCAACUUGGCCGACCUUUAUAUAGAGAAUUGCCCAAAACUGAUUGCUUCAAGAAAGGAGUGGGGUUUGUUCCAACUCAAUUCCUUGAAGUCAUUCUUCAUCAGUAAUGAGUUUGAAAACGUGGAGUCAUUCCCAGAGAAGAAUCUGCUGCCACCAACUCUUCAAACUCUUUGUAUUAAUGAUUGUUCAAAGCUAAGAAUAAUGAACAACAAGGGUUUUCUCCACCUCAAAUCUCUCAUAGAACUACAUAUUUGGAACUGUCCUAUUCUUGAGCGCUUGCCAGAGGAGGCUCUACCCAACACCCUUACUUCUAUUGAAAUUUCCGAUUGUCCAUUAAUUAAAGGGAAGUAUGAAAAGGAGGGAGGAGAGAAUUGGCAUACAAUUAGUCACAUCCCUCAUGUGACGAUUGACGGAAUUGAGCAGAAAUGAGCUAAAUUACCUGAAGUUGUCUUGGAGUUAUUUGUGUUUGUAUGUUUUGGGACAGUUUGAGUGAUGAUUGUGUUAAGAGUGAGUUAUUUGUCUUUGUAUGUAUGAUUGUUCCAAGUUAAGAAUAAUAAACUACACAGGUUUUCUCCACCUUAAAUUGGAGUGAGAUGUUGCCGCAGGCAUACAUCCUCUUUUUUGCA